UGAGUAUGGGGUAAUACUCUAUUCGGAGAAUUAUUACACACAUAUUUUUGGUAACCUAAUUUCUCCCCCCUUUUUAGAUAUAUUCAAUUAUUUAAAAGAACCCCUGCAGGAUGAGUACAUAAAUGACACCAGACGUGGUAUGAUUUGCGAUUGUCUUCGUGGCUGUGAAUCGUUGUUGUAUUUGGUAGAAUUAAAUGUAAUACCAUUGCCAAACGCCAAUGACAGCUUGCCACAAAUAACGGCUGAAGUUUAUUUUGCAAGGAAUACUCUGACCAAAUAUGCGUCCCGCUUACAAUAUACCUACUUCGAUAUGAUAUCGAAUUUUGGUGGCAUAAUGGCAUUAUUUCUGGGUGCUUCAGUAUUGAGUAUAGUGGAAAUCGGUUAUGGCAUUGUUAGAGAACUUAUUAUAUUCUCUUUAUAUAAAUUGUUCGGUCGCAGGAAGCGACGACGUAUUCGUAUUGUGAAAAGUAGAAAUGAAGCAAGUGAGGAGAAAAUAAAAACUACUAAGGAUUAUGUCGUCAAAUAA